CCUCCUCUGCUGAGCGACAGCGCUGGGUACCCUCCUCCCGCCACACUCACGCACGCGCGCUCAGGGCUGAGCCGAGGGCAGCUCGUUGGCAGUUCGCACUCGGAGGUGAACUGCUGCUCCAUUCGCGCAGCGCCGAUGGCAUCUCCCGGCUCUGGCUUUUGGUCCUUUGGGACCGAAGAGGGCUCUGGGGAUCCCGAGAACCCGGGCACAGCAAGAGCCUGGUGCCAGGUAGCCCAGAAGUUCACAGGCGGCAUCGGAAACAAGCUUUGCGCCCUGCUCUAUGGAGACGCUGAGAAGCCGGCGGAGAGCGGUGGGAGCGAGCCCACGCGGGCAUCCGCCCGGAAGGCAGUCUGCGCCUGCAACCAGAAGCCCUGCGGCUGCCCCAAGACAGAUAUCAACUACGCGUUUCUACAAGCAACAGACCUGCUGCCAGCAUGUGAUGGAGAAAGGCCUACUUUGGCGUUCCUGCAAGAUAUUAUGGAUAUUUUGCUUCAGUAUGUGGUGAAAAGUUUCGAUCGGUCAACGAAAGUGAUUGAUUUCCAUUACCCUAAUGAGCUUCUUCAAGAGUAUAAUUGGGAACUAGCAGACCAACCACAAAAUUUGGAGGAAAUUUUGAUGCAUUGCCGAACAACUUUAAAAUAUGCAAUUAAAACAGGGCAUCCCAGAUAUUUCAACCAACUUUCCACUGGAUUGGAUAUGGUUGGAUUAGCAGCUGACUGGCUAACAUCAACAGCAAAUACUAACAUGUUCACCUAUGAAAUUGCUCCAGUAUUUGUGCUUUUGGAAUAUGUCACACUAAAGAAAAUGCGAGAGAUCAUUGGCUGGCCAGGGGGCUCUGGCGAUGGGAUAUUUUCUCCUGGUGGAGCCAUAUCUAACAUGUACGCCAUGCUGAUUGCACGCUUCAAGAUGUUCCCGGAAGUCAAAGAGAAAGGAAUGGCUGCUGUUCCCAGGCUCAUUGCUUUCACAUCUGAACAUAGUCAUUUUUCGCUCAAGAAGGGAGCCGCAGCCUUAGGAAUUGGAACGGACAGCGUGAUUCUGAUUAAAUGUGAUGAGAGAGGGAAAAUGAUGCCAUCUGAUCUUGAAAGAAGGAUCCUUGAAGCCAAACAAAAAGGAUUUGUUCCUUUCCUUGUGAGUGCCACUGCUGGAACUACUGUGUAUGGAGCAUUUGAUCCCCUCUUAGCUGUUGCUGACAUUUGCAAGAAAUAUAAGAUCUGGAUGCAUGUGGAUGCAGCUUGGGGCGGAGGAUUACUGGUAUCCCGGAAACACAAAUGGAAACUGAGCGGAGUGGAGAGGGCCAACUCUGUGACAUGGAAUCCACACAAGAUGAUGGGUGUCCCCUUGCAGUGUUCUGCUCUCCUGGUUAGAGAAAAGGGAUUGAUGCAGAGUUGCAAUCAGAUGCACGCCUCCUACCUCUUUCAGCAAGAUAAACACUACGACCUGUCCUAUGACACUGGAGACAAGGCCUUACAGUGUGGACGCCAUGUUGAUGUCUUUAAGUUGUGGCUAAUGUGGAGGGCAAAGGGGACUACUGGGUUUGAAGCACAGAUCGACAAGUGUUUGGAGCUGGCAGAGUAUUUAUACAAUAUCAUCAAAAACCGAGAAGGAUAUGAAAUGGUGUUUGAUGGAAAGCCUCAGCACACCAAUGUCUGCUUUUGGUAUGUACCUCCAAGUUUGCGCACCCUGGAAGACAAUGAGGAAAGAAUGAGUCGCCUCUCAAAGGUGGCUCCAGUGAUUAAAGCCAGAAUGAUGGAGUAUGGGACCACAAUGGUCAGCUACCAGCCCUUGGGAGAUAAGGUCAAUUUCUUCCGCAUGGUCAUCUCAAACCCGGCAGCAACUCAUCAAGAUAUUGACUUCCUGAUUGAAGAAAUAGAACGCCUUGGACAAGAUUUAUAACUUAAGCUCACUAAGCUGUUUCAAUUCUCUAGAGAACAUGCCCUUGGCUACCCCAUAUUGAGAAAUCUCCUCGGAGAAUUGUGUGACUUAAUGAAAAUGAAAGGUAGAAACACAGCUUCGUCUCUGAGAAGAGAAAAACAAUUAUGGAGUGUCACAAACUGCUCAAAUGGCAGGUAUUAACCCUGCUGGGCCCGGGCGUAGCUGCUGCUCCUCAGAAUAUGACAAAGAAAGCAGGGUGUAAAUAUAGUAGCAGGACGAAGAGUCAAGGAACCUAAAACUGGGAACCAUCCUGCACGUGCUCUUCUGUUUUCAAAUGCUAAGUGCAAACACUGUGUAUUUGUUUAGUUGCGUGUGCCAAAAUACUGUUCCCAACUGGUGUUUCUGAAAGACGUUGACAUUUCCCCAACAUUACUUCAUUACUCAAGACAGAAAAACAAAUAACACAAACAUGUGACGACCUGUUCUUACCAAAUAUAAACUUGUGUAUAAUCCAAGUAUUUUAUCUGUGUUGUCUCUCUAAGCCAGAAUAAAUGUGUAAAUGUAGACA